AGGAGAAGAAGAAGAAGAAGAGGAAGAAGAGGAAGAAGAAGAAGAAGACGAAGAAGGAAUCAGCUGUCAAAGAAAGUAUUUGGAGUGAAAGAAGGUGUCAACAAAGGGAUGAGCAGCUGUGACUGAACAUCAUGCCUGCUGUGUCCACUGGAGCCAAGGACUUGUACUUGUCCACUAACCUGGGAGAGCUCAACAAGAAGGCUGAAGUCAAGGCAGACAAGAUCAGCACAAGAAAUUAUGUUCAGAGCGCCUGCAAACUCUUCAAGGCAGCAGAGGAGUGUCGCCUGGAGAGAGACGAGGAGAAAGCUUACGUCUUCUACAUGAAGUACCUGACUGUGUACGACCUGCUGAAGAAGAGAGCAGACUUCAAGCAGCAGUCGGAAUACUACAUGACCAUGCUGGGCACCAACAACUUCAAGAAAGCCAUUGAAGAAGCAGAGAAGCUGGCCGAAAGCCUCAAACUCAGGUAUGAGGAAGUGGAAGUCAGGAAGAAGUUGGAAGAAAAGGAGCGACAGGAGGAGAAAAGGAGAAAGGAAGAAAUCAGCGAGAAAGAUGGCAGUGGAGGUUCUUCAAUGUGCUCCUCUGCAAACAAUAAGGUGAAAGCAGAAGAAGACGAGCUGAAGAAUGCAUCUUCAAAAGCAGUGCCUGCUGGGGCCAUCACCGCUGAGAAACUGUUCCACAUGAUGAAGGACCAGAUGAUUACUGUCAUUGUCAUGGACGCUCGCACACAUGCCGACUUUCAGGAGUCUCACAUUCAGGUUCCAUCACAGGCCUGCAUCAGUGUGCCUCAGGAAGCCAUCAGUCCAGGAAUCACUGUGAAUCAGAUUGAGGACAAGCUUCCAGAAGAUUCCAAAGAAGAAUGGAAGAGGCGUGGGUGUGUGGAUUAUGUAGUCCUGUUAGACUGGUUUAACUCUGUGAGGGAUCUUACACUGGGCACCACCUUGCAGAGCCUGAAAGAUGCUCUCUACAAGUGGGACAGUGUCACCAUCUUGCAAAGUCAACCGCUGGUGUUGGAAGGAGGUUAUGAAAACUGGCUUUUGUUCUACCCAAUGUACACCACCAACGCCAAAGUCCGCCCUCCCAGACUAAACUACGUCAGCACCCUGCCUCAGCUAAACUUCAGUUAUCCAUCCCUUGAGGAACCAAAGCCUCAAGCAGAAUCAGAACCUGUAGAACCCCGCACUCCCUUUCUAGAGAAUGGAGUUGAAAGCAGCCCAGCAGGAUCUCCAGGCAGACCUGCACACACGCUGGAUGCAAGUAAGAAAGGAACGUCCAGCCCGUCUAUUCCACAGUUUGACCGCAGCACAAAGCCCUCCAGCCGCGUGUUGGACCAGCCUAGAGCAGACAAGGAGUCCAGCAGCAUCAGGCCAGGCGUCCCUAACCGCUCAGUCAAACCAGCCUUCAACAUUUCUCCAUCUGAAGAAGACCAGAGUCACUCUGAGGCGCUGGCCUCCAUGGAGAAAGCUCGGCAGGAACAGGAGCUGAAAGACAGGCUGGGAAAGGAAGAAGAGCCUGAGAAGAAACCAAAGGAGGAGGAGGAGGAGGAAGAGAACCCCCAUCAAGAGAAAAAGAGGCUGGAGAGACAGAAAGCCGAGGAAGAGGAGGACAAAGACAAGCAGGAGAAAAACAACAAGGACUCUGACACCCCCACAAAGAUUAUGUCUCUGGACUCACCUGCUCCCAACCUUGUGGUCAGUGAAGUCAAGAGAGAGCCACUGACGAGGGCAAGAAGUGAAGAAAUGGGAAGAAGCGUGCCAGGCCUGCCAGAUGGUUGGAUGAAGUUCCUUGACACCGUUACCGGAACCUUCCGAUACUACCAUUCUCCAACCAACCGCGUCCACAUGUACCCGCCUGAGGUCACUCUUCCCACGCCACCGGCCGUGGAGCAGAGACCUCCGCGAGCACCUUCCAGUGUGGAGAAGGAGCAGGAGCGGGAACAGUCCAAGUUAAAGCGGUCCUACUCUUCUCCAGACAUCAGCCAGGACCUGAGAGAGGAGGUCCAGAAGAAGACUCCUGCUGCCACCAUACCCACAAUCAACAGAGAAACCAAACCGCCAAGUGCUAAAGUUUAUUCUAAAGUGGAGCUGGCACGUCCAUCAGCUUCCAAAAUCCGCAGCUUGAAUCCAACAUUUGGAGGCCUGGGUUCUAGUUUGACUGGCCUUCGCAACCUUGGCAACACCUGUUACAUGAACUCCAUCUUGCAGUGUUUAUGUAACACUCCAGCCAUGGCGGAGUACUUCAACAACAAUUAUUACCUGCAAGACAUCAACAGGUUUAACAUUCUUGGCCAUAAAGGGGAAGUGGCGGAGGAGUUUGGUGUCAUCAUGAAGGCGCUGUGGGCUGGUCUGUACAAGUGCAUCAGUCCUCGGGACUUUAAGACCACCAUAGGCAAGAUCAAUGACCAGUUUGCUGGCUACGAACAGCAGGACUCUCAGGAGCUCCUUCUCUUUCUCAUGGAUGGUCUCCACGAGGACCUCAACAAGACGGACAACAGGAAGCGGUACAAGGAGGAGGAGAACGACCACCUGGACGAUGAGAAGGCAGCAGACCUGGCCUGGAACAAACACAAGCUGCUGAACGAGUCCAUCAUUGUUGCUCUCUUCCAGGGCCAGUUCAAGUCCACGGUACAGUGUCAGACCUGCCAGCGCAAGUCUCGCACCUUUGAGACCUUCAUGUACCUUUCCUUGUCUCUGGCCUCCAGCAGCAAGUGCUCCCUGCAGGAUUGUCUGAAGAUGUUCUCCAAGGAGGAGCGGCUGACCGAUAACAACAAAGUCUUCUGUCGACACUGCAAAGCUCAUAGAGAUUCCACCAAGAAACUGGAGAUCUGGAAGGUUCCUCCAAUUCUCUUGGUGCACCUGAAGCGAUUCUCCUACGAAGGUCGAUGGAAGCAGAAGCUGCAGACCUCUGUGGAUUUUCCUUUGGACUAUCUGGACCUUUCACACUACGUCAUUGGACCCAAACACAACCUGAAGAAAUAUAACCUCUUUGGCGUGUCUAACCACUACGGAGGUCUGGAUGGCGGCCAUUACACCGCCUACUGUAAGAACGCCUUCAAGCAGCGCUGGUACAAGUUUGAUGAUCACGAGGUUUCGGAAUUCUCCACCUCCUCCGUCAAAUCUUCUGCUGCCUACAUUCUCUUCUAUUCCGCCCUCUGAGCCUGCUGGAGCUGCAGAAGAACAUCUCACAGCAACCCAGAAGGUUGUCUGCUUCCUUCUAGAAGGCCACAGUUGAGGAUGGAGGUGUUUGUGGAGCAGCUGCUGGCUGAAAAGAAGCGAGAAGGUUGUCCGCCACUAGAGGGCACUGUAGUUGUGAACACUGCUUCCAAGGUCACAUGGACCACUGCAGAAGAACAUCUACAUAACAUGGACUUCAUGCUGAUGUUGCACUUUAUUUGUCAGCUCUCCUGCUAGUUGUCAUGAUGGUUAGAGAAGACACACUACUAGCUGCUCAUUAGCAUAAUACAUGUACAUUUGCAUAAUAUGCAAUCAUAUUACAUCAUUGAUUAUCCACGCUAAUUGCCAAAUGUCUUCUAAUCCACUCAUUGAUUUCUGAUUGAUUGAGUUGCUACUUGCUAGCAUGAGACUCAAAACAUCUUGUAAAUGUUUGACAAUAACAAAUAUAUUCACCUCAGACACAAGUUUAUGGGCUUUUUCUUCUAGA